AUGUAUCCUGGUGUAGGUAUUCUUUAAUAAUUUACUUAUAAUAUAAAACUUACUUCUUAUAUUGUUAAAGCAAGUUUAAACUAUCAAACACUUCAAGAACGCUCAGAUUAUAUUUAUUUUUUAGUUUUAAAAUAAGUUAAAAAUAGCUUUUUUAAAAUAAUUGUUAACUUAUAGUUCUGGCCACGUAUAGUAGACUAUUUGGCACAGGAAGAUGUUUGUAGUCUCGCCCAGAUCAACAAAUACUUUUACAAACUCAUCAACAUGGACUUUCAAAGCUUGUGCUACAGGAAUUUGAUUUUUCGAUUGAAAGACGAAACGUGGUCUACAGCGUUCUCAAAGUAAGUACUGUACAGUGAACACUAUUACAGCCUACAGUAAACACUAUCAUAGAUAACUACAUUGUUUCAUAGUAAAGUCAAUCCAUAUUUUAGUGCAGUUUUCAUACUGUAAUAUUUCAGUGCACAAUACCGCAAAAUGAGUCGAAUCAUAAGGCGUAAAGAUGAACCUAAACUCUCGAGAAACUCGUUUUUCUGCCCUCAUACUGGUACAAUGGCAGUAGUGUUGAAAUACAAACAAGUCAUGUUGACCAACCUCGACUUUGGAAAGAAAGUUUUUGAGCUUUUGAACUUCAGAGGUCAUAAGGGAUACUUACUGAAUGUGCAGCUCAUAAACAAGUCAACCAAACUGAUAGUGGACAUGAAGAACACGUAUGUUGUGUACGACUUGGUCAAGAAAAGGGUAGUGAAAGUCUACUCUGCUCGACCGGAAGAACGCUACAGUACUUUUACACUGUACUACGGUAAUGGUCUACUUGUAGACGUGUACAAUCAACGAGAAUACCCAGUUUUUCCAAUAAAAGUGCCAAAAAUUUACAAUGUAGAUGCGUUUGGCUAUCGGAAAUACGUUGGUUUUGUCAGUGUACAUGGACACUUUAUACUUAUACACACUGAUACUGGAAGACCGCAGGGCAUGUUUCCAGUUGAUGUUGUGUAUUUCGAUCAAUUUGGUGUAAUGGCUGAAAAAUUUGAAUAUGGGUACAGGGAAAUUUGCAUUAUGGAUGAGUUGGGCCUUGUCAGAAACACAAGUAAGUUACGACGUAUGGUAAAACGUUUGUUGUUGUACUCAUGGUGUGUUUUUGCUUUAAUUUUCUUCAUCUAUCUGAUGUGAAACUUGAAAGUUUAAAUUUUUUAUUUUUGAAAAUUUUUAAAUUCAGAUUUCUUCAAAGUUCUUGUCUAUGAAAUCAACACGGAACGUUGUAUUUUGGAUGUGCCUGCCCGAAAAACAAGUUUUGCGACGAAUUGUGGAGUUGACGGUCUACACUUCACAAACAAAGAUGGACAUGGUAACGUAAGUUUUUACAAAAGCUUAUUCUACCCUACCCUACCCUACCCUACCCUCCCUUUCUACCCUACUCUCGGUCGUCUUUUCAGCUUCGGUACCUUAAUAUAUACCUUUUUUUCAGUUUUUCGGAUACAAUCCAAACAAAAAGCAAUAUGAAAACAUAGGCUUUCUCGAUUAUUGGUUUCUGCCCUGCCCAGAUUGUUCACUUGGUCCUUUUCCCAUGAGUAAUAUAUUUUACAAAGCACAAGGAUUUAUUGCUAAGUUCGAGUUUAUGAUGGUGGACUGGUCUACAGGUAAGGAAUUUUGUUUUAAAACAAUAAUUACACAUUGUUCACAUAGUUUUGUGAUCUUUCUGUUUGUCAUCUCAAAAUGGCAUAAGAUUUUACAUCUUCAUUCCAAAGCAUUUUUUAGGUUGUUGAAAUAAUUCUGUGCCUCUGAACUUCAACAAUUUUUUUCGAAAGAGGGCACAAGAUUAUUUGAACAACCUACUAUAAUAUAUGGAAAACAACAGACUAAAGAUGAAAUUUAUGAAAUAUAACGAGACUAUAAACAUGAUACGUAUAAAAUAUAAGAAGAAUAUGAAGAUGAUACGUAUAAUAUAAUAGUAAAAAGAAUAUAAAGUUAAACCCCAAAGGUCAUCUUCAUUACAGGCCGCAUGGUUACAAAGUUGUUCAGAACAGAAACCGACGAAAAAAAGAAUCAAGAAAUCACUUCGUACUACGUUCGACUCAGCAGUAUUAAGCCCAACACAAGAGGGGUCACUGUUGAUACGCCACGACAUGUGAGACAUCGAUUUGAAGAGAUCAUAGAUGAGCUAUCGGCUAGUCAGCUUUGA